AUGCGACUUGUGUGCAUAGGACUGCUCCUUUACAGUGUAACUUGGGCAGCACCAACUUUUCAACCACAGACUGUGAAAGCCAGUCAAGGCAGUGUGGAAGAACCGAAGCAGGAAGAAAAAAAUAACAACAAUAUUGCUUUUGAUCUUUUGGAGGAGAGAAGAAAUCAAGAGGUCACACCUAAAGAAAACAUUACUCAGAAGAAAAGGAGUGACUUACCCUUUUUUGCUGUCAAUGAAAAUAAUAAAAGCAGUAAAUACUCAAAUCUUUUGGUAAAGACACAGACAAUCAUUGAUAACACUGGUAUCAGUCACAAAGGAAAAGCCCAUGAUGACCUAAUGAUGACCUGGGUUCCAGAAUCCACUGUGGAUAAAAGAACUGAUGAUGGAGAUGAUGCCAUAAGCCACCUACCUGUCCAGGAAGAAUACGGAACAACUCUCAAGACAAAUAGCAUGAGGCCAGUGAAUGUAAUGGAACUGUGGGGGGAGGGAAGCAAAGAGAAGACACAUAGCAAUGUACUAAGCAAAAUUCUAGCAGGUGUCAACUAUGUUAAAGCCCAUUCAGAAGGGAAAAAGAACGAUCAAAGAGAUUCCCAAGACCACAAGAGCUCAUUACUAAGCAAGAGCAACCACCACAUCAGGCGUGACACUCACUACCUAACACGGGUCCCCAAAGGCCAAAAAGUCCCCAGUGACUUUGAAGGCAGUGGUGACAUAGAUCCUCAGGAAACAGGGGAUAAUGACCUGUCUCCUUUCAGUGGGGAUGGCCAGCUUUUUAAGGAUGUUUGUGGUGAAGGAGAAGGUAUUGGUCCAGAUAUUCAAACAGAGCUCCCAGACCAAAGUGGGUCGGAGACUAUUAAUCUUGACCCAAGACUGCCAGGUUACAACGAGCUUCCAGAGACAGAAGGACAUGGUGGCAGUGUCAUUGGAGCCAGUAGUGACAGAGUGAAAGAGACGGGUAUUGGUGUGAGCCUGGUGGAGUGCAACAAUGACAUCAUAGGGAAUACCAAUUUUAGGGAGCUCCCUGGAAAAGAAGGAAACAGAGUGAAUACUGACAGCCAAAAUGCUCAAGGAAAAGUGGAGCGCCAUUAUCCAAAUGCACCCUCCAGAGAGAAAGGAAAAGACGGUGAUAGAGAUGCAAACGAAAGUGCUCAUUACAAUGAAAUCCCUAAACAUGGCAAGGGUAGCUCCAAUAAAGGACCAGAGCAGUCUAAUAGAAAUGAAGUAAUCUUAAGUGAGAAACCACGACUUAGCAGUCAGGGCAAAAGUCAAGGAUUGCGAACACCUUCUCAUGGCCUUGAUAAUGAAAUUAGAAAUGAAAUAGGCUCCCACAAUGACCCCGGUAAUAUUUUAAAACAUGGCAGACAAAGCCAGGAUGGACAACAUAAUUCUUUAUGGAAUAAAGGGAGGUAUCAAAGGAGAGGCCCCUGGAGUUACAGAAGACCCCAUUCUCACAGGAGCUUUAGCCCUUCUAAAAGGGACCAUAGCAGUGAAUCAUCUGACAGUGAUAGUUCAGGCGAGAGUGAGGGUGACUAG